UUUCAUCUCCUCCCUUUGGAUGUGAUGUCAGGACGUCACUGUGCGGUUCAGUCGCCUCCUCCCCCUGUUACUUCCACCUGACUGUUGUUAUGGAUGAGUCACACAGUAGUGAGUCACACUGUUGGUGGAGCACCAACCAACAGCUAAUCAUGCCUACAGAGUGAGGGCCUGCUUCUUCCGGUUUACUUCCCUCAUCUUCUGGCUUCAAGCAAAACUAGCAAGGUGCUAAGACCACAACCACAAUGGCCCGUCAUGGCUUAUGUAUGAUGCUGCUUGCAUUCAUUUGUAGAAGUUCUGGCCAGGAAGCCUUGAAUCCUCUUUUCAGGUCCAAACGGAUUCAAGAAAGUGUUGGAUCAGAUUCCAGUGAUUGUUUGUCAAGUGCAACUAGGCCACAGAUCUCACCAAACUCCCCCAACUUCUCCAUGGAUCUUCGGAUGCCUGGUGUGAUCCCUUCUGAUUCUGACACAUACCUGUGCAUGGCAUUUCCUGUGCCAACUAGACAUACCUUAUAUGUAGUGGACUUUAUACCUCGGGCUAGUAUGAACACAGUCCAUCACAUGCUGCUGUUUGGUUGCAGAACCCCUGUCUCCACUGAUGACUACUGGGACUGUGGCAGUGGACGGGGUACUUGUGAGGAUAAAUCAUCCAUUUUGUAUGCUUGGGGACGAAAUGCACCGCAUAAGAAACUACCAAAAGAUGUCGGUUUUAAAGUUGGACAGAAUUCAGGAGUGUCUUACUUUGUGCUACAGAUUCAUUAUGGAGAUGCUAGUGCUUUCCAGGAUCAUCACAAAGAUUGCUCAGGGGUCACUCUUGAAAUGACAUCCACCCCGCAGCCAUUUACUGCUGGUAUAUACUUGCUAGGUUCUGUGGGCACUGUUAUACACCCAGGAAAUAUAGUUACAAAUGCAGACGUCGCCUGUGACUACACCUCACAUACAAUCCACCCAUUUGCCUUUAGGACCCACACACAUCGUUUGGGAAAAGUGGUCAGUGGCUACAGGAUCCGAAAUGGAGAGUGGACCCUCAUUGGGAGACAGUCUCCUCAACUACCACAGGCGUUCUAUCCUGCAAACCAUGACGUGGAUGUGCAGUAUGGUGAUACGCUUGCAGCCAGAUGUAUGUUUACUGGUGAAGGCAGAACCACAGAAACAUAUAUUGGGGGUUCUUCUAAUGAUGAAAUGUGUAAUUUUUACAUGAUGUACUACAUGGACAGCAAACAUGCCAUCCCUUUUAUGACCUGCAUGAAGCAUGGCUCAACCAGAUUGUUUCAACAUAUUCCAGCUGAAGCCAAUAUUCCCAUUGCUGUCAGUCCAGAAAACAUGAACUCAAUGAUGCAUAUGGGGCAUUCAACAGGUCUCCAGGAUAGCACAUCAGACGCAGAUACAACUGGUGAAGAGCAAGCUUUCGAUCAGGGUGAUCUCUAUUCUCUAAUGUCCAAGCUUCUAGGUCAUAACAAGGAUGUAGUACACAUUCAAAAGUACAACAGCCCCAUUAAGACACAGAGGGCCCAACCUGAGUUAGUGGCUCAGAUUCAUAGCUUAAUACAAAAGAAAAAUCUGGGCCCUCCUAGUGCUUCACUAGCCUUCCAAACCAGCAGACACCCUGUUCUGAUGAGGGACAGAGUCCACAAAUUCCAUCAGCUUGAGACUGUGCCUAAAAUGACAAAAAGCAAGCUACUGUCUCAAAGACAAGAUAUCCAUCUGGAGCAAGACACAAUAUGGCCACAGAAUUCUCUCCAGCUGGGUCAGGUGUCAGGACUUGCCAUUGACUCAGAUUCUAAUCUGGUCAUUUUCCACCGAGGUGACCACCGCUGGGGCUCAGAUUCUUUUGACAGCCAAGCUACAUAUAAGCAGAGAUUCCUUGGUCCAAUUCAACAGUCUACUAUAUUGGUUGUUAACCCAGACAAUGGCAAUAUCCUUAAGGCUUCUGGAAGAAAUAUGUUUUAUUUACCUCAUGGAAUAACAACUGACAAAGACAAUAACUACUGGGUAACUGAUGUGGCUCUUCAUCAGGUUUUAAAAGUAAGCAGUGACGGUGACGACAGAAUCCUAUUGUCUCUGGGAGAGGCUUUCACACCAGGAAGUGACUUUAACCAUUUUUGUCAGCCCACUGACGUGGCAGUCGACUAUGAAACUGAGAAUAUUUUCGUGUCUGAUGGCUACUGUAAUGCCAGGAUACUGAAAUUCUCCGCUGAUGGCAGAUAUCUUUCUCAGUGGGGAGCUGGCUCAUCUGACCGGAGAAGGCGUAUACCAUUCCGGAUCCCACACAGCCUUGCAUUUGUGCCUGGGAGAAAUGAAGUAUGUGUGGCUGACAGGGAGAAUGGACGCAUCCAGUGCUUCAUAGCUCAAACUGGGGAGUUUGUUAAGGAAAUCAAGAAAGAGGAGUUUGGAGAAAGUGUCUAUGCCAUCACCUUCAGUCCAACUGGAGGUGAAGAUGGUGUCAUCUUUGCAGUAAAUGGGAAAUCUGCAUCUGGGACCUCCCCUCCUCCAAUUGGCUUUGCAAUAGAUUAUGCAACCAAGGACAUUUUGGAUACAUUUAGCCCAAAGAAAAAGGAGUUUGAAAUGCCUCACGACAUUGCUGUAACCCAAAAUGGUAGCAUCUUUGUGGGGGAUGCAACUACCAAUACAGUCUUCAAGUUUACUGCUGAGAAAGCACAUCGUUCAGUAAAGAAAGCUGGCAUUGAAGUUCAAGAACUUGAAGAAAUUGAGACAAUUAUCCAUACCAAGGUGACACCUCAGCACAACAUGUCAAGGACGUCAGCAGUUCAACAGAAGCCGUAUUUGUCUCAACACCUGAAGCCACAAGAAAAAGAGAAGAAGAUUUUAACCAAGCCAAACAAAGGGCAAGGUCUUCAACCAGUGGUUAUCACUGUGCUUUUGCUCAUCCCCCUUCUGCUGGUAACCUCUAUUGGAGUCUUCAUCUGCUGGAGAAAAAACAACCAGUAUGAGGUGAAGUCUGAGACCAGUGCUGUUGGAGGGAUUUUGGGAAAAAUCAGAGGUAAAGCAGUCGGCAGUCUGAAUCUUGGAAACUUCUUCGCCUCUCAUAAGGGUUACAGCCGUCAGGGCUUUGACCAGCUGAGCACUGAAGGCAGCGACCAAGAAAGGAACGAUGAGGAGAGCAGCGAGUCUGAAAAUGAAGAGUACUCCGCUCGCCCCCCGCCGCCUCCGUCCUCCUCUUAAGAGUCCACCAUAAACCUUCCGCUUACAUUGCCAGGGUAUAUGUCAGUCAUCAUCGUGAAAAUGUUGUGUUAGGCGACUUAUUGUUUAUAUAUUGAAGUAUGGUCUGUACAUAAAUUUUGCUUUCUUUAAUUAAAUCCAUAUAUUUAAUCUUAAUUUAAUAUGCCAAUGUUUAGCCUUGGAUUGUCAACAUGAGCUAAAAUUCAGCCAAAUCGUUUCCUAGUGUUGUGACAUUUGAACUCUCGAGCGCUUUUGUUGGUUUAAAGUGACCAUUUUUUUCCCUGGAAGCUUUUCACGAUGAAUCAUUUGAUAUUUUAUGGCAGAAUUGCAACCAGCAUAAGCAUUUCACAAUGUAGGUAUGAUCAGUUUGGUUCAAAUAAAACCACAUACAGAGGCUUCUUGGUUAUUUUUUUUAUUAAUCUUAUUGGCUGCUAUGAUUUUGAGAGAAGUCAAUCCAUUUGAAUUAAGAAAGGCUCGCAGAGAUCAUUAACUGCCAGCCUCCCAGUUCAAAUGGAUUUGAUGUCUCUUGCUGUCAGGGGCAGCGAAUGAGGUAAUAUACCAAUUAACAUCAGUUUAGGAUAUGGAGGUUAACGUGAAUGCAUGCUACUUUGUGCUGGUUGUCGUGCAAAAAAGCAAACUACUGUUAAUGCCUGUAUCUUGGCUAUUUUUGCCCCGUUUUUUGUUGUGGUUGUUGUUGCUGAUUCGAGUGAUCUUAAUUUAACCCUCAACAAUUUGGGAUAUUAAGCCUAAGAUGUUUUAAUGAGAUUUGGACCAUGAUACAAUGGUAUGAAAAAGUAUCUCAACCUUUUGGAAUUUUUCACAUUUCUGCAUAAAACACCAUCAAAUGGUAUCUGAUCUUUGUCAAAAUAGCACAGAUGAAAAAGCAGUGUCUGCUUUAACUAAAACCACCCAAACAUAUAUAGGUUUUCAUAUUUUAAUUAUGAUAGUAGGCAAACAAUGACAAAAGGCGGAAAAAAUAAGUAAGCGAACCAUCACAUUUAAUAUUUUGUGCCCCUACUUUGGCAGUAAUAACUUCAACCAGACACUUCCUGUUGUUGCAGAUCAGUCUGCCAGAUUGAUCAGGACUAAUCUUGGCCCAUUCUUCUCAACAAAACUGCUGUAAUUCAGUCAAAUUCCUGGGAUGUCUGACAUGAAUUGAUGUCUUUAGGUCAUGCCACAGCAUCUCAAAGGGGUUCAAGUCUGGACUUUGAUUUGGCCACUCCAGAACGUGGAUUUUGUUCUUCUGAAACCAUUCUGAAUUUGAUUUACGUCUGUGUUUUGGAUCAUUGUCUUGUUGCAGCAUUCGUCCUCUUUUUAGUUCCAUCUGUCUGACAGACGGCCUCAGGUUUUCCUGCAAAACAUCCCGAUAAACUUUUGAAUUCAUUCUUCAAUUAUUGAUUGCAUGUUGUCCAGGCCCUGAGGUAGCGAAACAGCCCCAAAUCAUUAACCCUCC